AUGCCGAAACGAUCCACAGGCUGUUUUGAGUGCAGGAAGAGGAAGGUCCGCUGCGAUGAAGCCAAACCAGAAUGCAACAUCUGCCGUCGCCGAGGCACAAGAUGUCCAGGAUACAGGCCGACACAGUCAUUCAUCCUUCACAAAUUUGAUGAAAAGAACGAAAGAGCAGUGCUUAUCAAAGAGGACGAGUCACAAUACGAGUACUCCCAAUACAAUACAACAAGCUUAGAGUCCUCUACAAACGUUCCUGGACAAGCAGACGUGCGUCUUCCCGCCUCAGAGACUAGACUUGUGGAUGCAGCUCUACCGAAGCAAGUUAGCUCCAUAGCUACUGAUCGAAUUCAACACCUGGGCACAUUUAUCGCGCUCUACUUGCCGAGAUGCGAUGGUCCAGCAUUGCCCCCUCCAUCAGCAUUGAUGCUUGCGCUACCAACGAUGCCUGCGUCCAGCAAGGUACUUUUGGCUGCAGUCGAUGCGCUUUCAGCGGCACAGCUUGCCGUUAACAAUCGCAACAAUCCACUGAUCAAUCGGUCAAGGUCGCUCUACGGGACAGCACUGAGUCAAAUGCUGUUAGCCAUCCAAGAUCCGGUGCUGGCACUAAAAGAUGAGACUUUAUUGUCGACGUACUUGCUCACUUUGUACGAGGUGUUUGUCGGAGUUACGCAAGGACAUGGGUUCUUCUACCACGUCCAAGGACUCCUCCAUCUACUCAGACAGCGUGGUCCCGCAUCGUUUAAUAGCAGAUUGAGCAUGCAAAUCUUCCAUGCCAUUCGAUAUAAUUCGUUGAGUAUCGGGUACCACAUGCGCAAGGCGUCUAUGCUGGAUAGCCCUGAGUGGCUGGCAGUAACAACCAAAGCCGCCAAGGUCGACCCUUACGUCGCUCUGAAUGAUAUAUGCAUAUGCAUACCGCGACUCCUCGAACGAACCGACAGACUCAACGGUCAGACACAAGACGAGAUCGAUGCAGUGAUCGAAGACUCACAACACCUCGCCACCCGGGCCUCCGAGUGGCUAUCAGAUUUCGAGAAGCAUGGGCCACGUUAUGACAAAGUCGACCUGAUCACGAUGGACGCUUUUCUCGAUAUCUGUUCUGACCCGGUAUUCGACCCCGUCUUCGAUUUCCACUACUUCGGCGCUGGUAUCUGUUACUUGAUCUACUGGAUGAGUUUGCUCAUCCUUCAAUCCAACACUUUCAAGUUACUGCGGCAGUACCGGCAGCUUGAGAUGAAGCAGCUGAUGAUGUGGGACCGCCAGCUGGGAGGAUACGCUGACAGUAUCUGUCGGAGCAUACCAUAUCACUGCCGAUCCAUGACCGGAUACACAGCCAAGUUUGGAAGUUUGACACCACUGGUAGUAGCCAGGAAGUACUACGAGGCCAAGGGCGCUCAGAAAGAGGCGAAUUGGUGCGGGACGGUAUACAUGGGUGCCCGAGUGCCGGGCCUAUAUCAGACUCCCUCGCCUUUGGACCCGAUGGGGGAAGUGAAGAAGACUGUGAAGGGCAACGAUCGAUUUAUCUAG